CUUACGCAGCACAACGUGCAUACUGUACACACACAAUCCUCGAACCUCGAAUCGCACGCUCUGUAGAGCCCACAACAAAUCACCACUCCCGCCGGGCUUCGAGUCCAACACGUCCGAAGCAGCAUCUAGAACAACUGUCUGAUAUGGGCGAGUAGCCGCAGCCGAAGAACACUAUUGAACACAACCGAGAGCCCACGAUAUCGCCAGCCAUGUCCGCCGAGAAGCGGCCCGCCGACGAGUAUGGCCAGCUCGUCGUCAAGCGACAGAAGCCAGGCACCACGACAGCCCUUGCGCGCCGCGAUGGCGGUGCUGAAGGCGCGCUCAUCGCCGCGCCGCGGACGAGCAACCUCGACUCCCACCUCAUGGAGCUGACUGGGCACACCGGCGAGGUCUUUGCUGCCAAGUUUGAUCCUACCGGCCAGUUCAUCGCGUCUGGGUCCAUGGACAGAAGCAUACUAUUAUGGAACUCCUCCGGAGCGUGCGAAAACUACGGCCAGCUCACCGGUCACCGCGGCGCCAUCCUGGACCUUCAAUGGUCUCGCGACUCGGAGAUUCUAUACUCGGCCUCUGCCGACAUGCACCUAGCAAGUUGGGAUCUGCAAUCCGGCACAAGGAUACGACGAUACGUCGGCCACGAAGAGAUCAUCAAUGCCCUGGACACGACGAAGCGCGGCGAGGAGCUCCUCAUCAGCGGCAGCGAUGAUGGCACAAUCGGCAUCUGGGAUCCGCGGACGAAGAAUGCGACCGACUACAUCGAGACGGACUACCCGAUAACGGCAGUGGCCGUGGCGGAAGCGGGCAACGAGAUCUACACGGGCGGCAUAGACAAUGACAUCAAGGUGUGGGAUCUGCGCAAGAAGGCCGUCGUGUACUCCAUGCUCGGCCACAACGACACAGUGACGAGCUUGCGCGUCUCGCCAGACUCGCAGUCAUUGCUGUCCUACUCGCAUGACUCGACGGCCAAGACAUGGGACAUACGGCCGUUUGCGCCAACAGAGCGACUUAUCCGGACAUUUGACGGCGCGCAAAUGGGCAUUGAGCAGAACCUGAUCCGUGCCAGCUGGGACAGGAGUGGGAAGAACAUCGCUGUUGGCGCUGGCGAUGGGUCGGUGGUAAUCUGGUCCAGCGACAAUGGCAAGCUCCAGUAUAAGCUUCCAGGACACAAGGGCACGGUCAACUGUGCCGAGUUCGCGCCGAACGAUCAGCCAAUCAUCCUGUCUGCAUCGUCGGACCGCAGGAUGCUCCUCGGCGAGCUGAAGUGAGGAUCGCAACAUCAUAGUAGACCGUGAAUGAAGAGGUGUUGGAGUCUGCAGCUUUGCGGUUUUGGCCAGUCAGCGGAAGACCAGGUCCAGAACGAUCGGUGGCUGCGAACAGGAACGCGCCGAGUCAAAACAUAAGACUUGAUCACGCAAAUGUAAGCUAUCAUGUAAGCAAUCUGCACCCGGCUUGUCGCAUAAUGAAGAAAUUUUACGACGGCUCGAGGUUGGAGGACUUGUCGAAGGAAGACGAAAGACACCAGGAUGUCAGGGACGCGAUGAAGACAGAGAGGCGUCUACUUGACGUGCUCCGCGCGUGUGACAAGGGGCUUUGAGAACCCAAGGACUGCGGAACGCACCCGAGAUUUACUCGUCGCGGCGCGAGAUAGAAACAAUCCAAGCCGAUCAAAGCAAAGCCUGAUAAGCCCAGAGGGACACAGGUGACUUUUGGG